UUCUAUAAAUACAGUCGAAUCUUCACAAUUCAAGCAAGACAUGUCAGCCUAUGUUGCACAAUUUCGGCGCGCCUCAAUCAUCAUUACCAAUUCUGGGGACAUGUUUGCCGACACAGUCCAUUGAUGAGCCACUCCAUGACCAUUUAUAAAACCCAAUCGAUUCACACAUCUUUUCCACGGUUCUUCUUUCUAAUCAUAUGAAACUGUUUCUUUUAGUGAGCAGCCUGUCGCUUGCUACCGUAGCAGUUGCCCUGCCUUUGCAGUCCACUUCAAAGGCAAUCACAGUUCCGUUGCGUCGAGCCACCACGGGAAUUAUUAAACGCAAUAUCAACACCCAGACAUUGUAUAAUGAGCAGCCUACAGCCUACAUCAUAGAUGCUGAUAUCGGAACUCCCCCGCAGCAUUUCACCCUACAUGUCGAUACCGGGAGUAGUGACUUAUGGGUCCCUUCAAUGGCCUGUUCUGCCGGAGCAGGUUGUCCUGGAGCGAAAUAUGAUGCCAGCAAAUCGUCGACCUACAAAAAUGCUUCCAUUCCAUUCAACAUUACGUACGCACUGGGCUCCGAUGAAGGCUUUUAUGGUUAUGAUAAAUUGAGUAUUGCCGGAUAUACCAUUGAGAAACAGCUCUUUGCUGCUGUCUUCAUGGCUGUGAACAGCACCGAAGCCCCCACCUCCACCCCAUACAGAGAAGGCAUCAUUGGUUUGGGUCCAGCCGAUGGCACCACUCUGGGUAAAGCCGCCAAUGUUAAAGGUGCUAGACCUUUUAUAUACACUCUGUAUGAAGAUGGGCUGAUUCCUUACCCAGUUUUUUCCAUACACUUGGGUAGCCUUUAUAAGAAAGGAUACUCUGGAUCGCUCACCAUAGGAGGCAUCGAUGACUCGAUGUUCACGGGCGACAUUGAUAUUAUCAAGGUCGCACCAUACUACAAUAUAAACAAUGAGGGUGGGUUUAUUUGGUGGAAUCUUCUGGUGGACUCAUUUACUCUGAAGGGAGACGAUGCACAUCAGUCCUAUAAAAUCAAGGACAAACCUCAAGCAUUUACAAUGGACACCGGAGCUACGUUCAGUUAUCUCCCCGGUGAUAUUGUCGAAAAGUUGGCCAAAUCUCUGUAUGAAAAUGCUACAACAGCAGACAAUAGUAGUUACAACAUGCCAUGUUCACUCCUGAACUCGACCCAGAAAUUUGAAAUCAACUUCACUAAUUCAACCCAGUCGCCUGAAGAUUCAAUCACUUCCUUCAAUAUACCCGUCGCAGACCUUAUUAUCCCGCAACUUGAUAAUAACAAUACCGUUUGUACCCUUGGGCUCCUUGUCGCCAAAAGCGUGGAUGAAUAUAUUCUUGGUUUAACCGUCCUUCGACACAUGUACUUGAUCUACGAUCUAGAGGCCGAAAUUAUGGGUAUCGCCAAACCUGUAAUUGAAGACAUCGCCCCUUACCCGUUGGGAGCGGCCUAAUUUUACCAUCCAUACCUGUGGCGCUCUUAAAUGUCACUAACUUCAUAUAAUAGAGAUGUAGCAAGUAACCUUUAUAAAAAUUAAAGAAAGAGAAAUUUUGUCCCCUGAGAGAGAGAUUUUGCAUGGAAGGAGAGAAUGAAUAUUGUACACGUGCAUGAAAAAGCGAUUUGAAUCUAUCAAGGCUGCCAUCAUGUAUAUGUAAUGGCAGAAAACAUGGAACAAGAUGACUGAGACGGUGUCAGAAUUUAUGAUGUACCAGUCUUCAAUAGCUCAAGGAAGCUAGACUUGGGCAUAGUAGAGA